AUGUCGUCCACGUCGUCCAAAGAAGUAUCACCUGGCCCUGGGGAGAGUCAACUGCCGCCAGAAGAGGGUAGACAAGGCUGGCUGUGUCUGGUGGGCUCUUUUCUCUGUCUGUUCAGCUCGUUCGGGUUUUUGAAUGCCAUCGGCAUCUUCCAAGCCACCUACGAGGAAACCCUACUACGCGACUAUUCCCCUUCAUCCAUCUCAUGGAUCUUCGCCAUCCAGGUCGCCCUCAUGUGGGCUCCAGGGCCCCUCUACGGUCGCGUUAUCGACACGUACGGCCCCGCCCCAGUGCUCUACCCGGGCUGUCUUCUAGCCGUCCUGGGCCUCUGCAUGACCAGCAUAGCGCACGAAUACUACCAGAUAUUCCUGGCGCAGGGUCUCUGCUUUGGUCUCGGCGCCGGAGCCAUUUUCACCUCCGCAAUGGUUUGCGUUGGACAGUGGUUUGUGCGACGGCGUGGUCUCGCGGCUGGUAUUGCGACCAGCGGGAGCAGUCUCGGAGGUGUCGUCUUCCCGAUCUUCUUGCAUAAAGUGAUGAGCCAGGUCGGGUUCUUCACGGCUGUGCGGUAUGCUGCGCUCUUAGUGGGUAUUCUGCUGGCUAUUGCGUGUCUGCUGGUGCGACGGCGUCUGCCGGUGAAGAAGUGGGAUGGGGAUGCGAAGUGGAUGGAUAUGCGUCUGCUGAAGGAGACGUCGUUUGCGUCGUAUACGUUUGGAUGCUUUUGUGUGAUGUGGGGACUCUGGGCUCCCUUCGACUAUCUCACCAGCAUGGCCAUGGAGAAGGGCUUCUCAACGGGCCUCGCCUCGUAUCUCAUCUCCAUUCUCAACGCCGCCUCCAUCCCCGGCCGCAUCCUCCCUCCCCACUUAUCCGACAAGCUCGGCCACUUCAACAUGCUCACCACCUGCUCAAUCGGCACCGGCGCCUCAAUGCUCGUUCUCUGGCUCCCCUUCAAUUUCCACCCCUCUCACGCCGGCAUCAUCAUCUUUGCUAUCGCAUACGGCUUCUUCAGUGGCGGCGUCGUGUCCCUCGUCAUGCCUUGCGCUGCUAAAAUGGGCGACCUCGCUACGCUGGGCCAACGGUUUGGAACGUUCCAGCUGAUUAUAUCGGUGAGCUCGCUGACUGGCAUGCCCCUUAUGGGUGCUAUCCUUCGUCAUCAGGGGGAUACAAACUUUUCCGGGUUGCAGAUUUUUGCGGGAGUUGCUUGUUUGGUGGGGGCUGGGUUUUUGGCGCUUUCGACGCGCAUGCAGGGGGUGUUGAAGGGAACGACUCGUGUAUAG